UAGCUAGCUGGAAAAUUAGUGUUCUGUGGCUGCGAUGUUUAUUAUUUGAAUAAAAAAAAAAUAAAAAUAAGUUUUUAAACUCGCCAAAUUAAUUAAAAGUAUCUUUAUUAAUGGAAAACACAGUGAAAGUGGAAUUAAAAGAUGAGCAAAAAGAAGAAAAGGUAUCAACUGAGGUGAAAGAGCAGAAAAUGAGGAUUGCAGUGAUAGGUGUAGGGGCAGCAGGACUUGUAGCCAUCAAACAUUGUAUCCAGGAUGGACAUGAUUGUGAGGCGUACGAACAAACAGAAUUCGUUGGAGGUACUUGGAAUUACACAGAUGAGGUUGGUUUCGACAAAAAUGGGCUUCCUAUACACACAUCCAUGUACAAACAUCUGAGAACAAAUUUACCGAAGGAGCUGAUGAUGUUCGAAGAUUUUCCAUAUCCCGAGGAUCUGAAACAUUCCUACAUCUCACAAGAGGAUGUAUUGCAAUAUUUGAACCACUACGCUGAUGAAAUGGACCUGAGGAAAUAUAUAAGGUUUCUGACACAAGUGACUCACGUUGAACCGAUGGAUGAUAACAAAUGGCACAUUGAGGUCCAAGAUGUGAUAACCAAAAAGAAGGAGAGCAAGACAGUGGAUGCUGUCAUCUGUUGCAAUGGGAAAUACAGCGUUCCUUUCAUGCCUCACAUUCCAGGAUUAGAUUCUUUCACAGGGACUUGUAUACACAGCCAUUGUUACCGAAGUGAAGAGCCUUAUAAGGGUAGAACAGUUCUUAUAAUUGGGGGAGGACCUUCUGGAAUAGAUAUAUGUAACCAUUUGAGUGCUGUAGCAAACAAGGCGAUCCUUAGUCUUAAAUCUUCACCAUUCCCCAGCAUGUUAGAUGGGAUGUUACAGAAACCACCAGUCAAAGAAAUCAUUGGGAAAACGGUCGAAUUUCUAGAUGGAUCGUCGGAACAAAUAGAUGACAUCAUUGUCUGUACAGGAUACGUCUAUAAUUAUCCUUUUCUGAAUGCAAAAUGUGGAAUAACCGUCGAUGAUAACUAUGUUAGAGGGUUGUAUAAAGAACUGGUAAGCGUUCAGUUUCCCUCGAUGAUUGUUCUUGGCAUACCUAAUCGAAUUUGUCCGUUUCCCACAUUCGAACUUCAGAUGCGUUUCGUUAUGAAGCUGCUGAGAGGUGAUCUUCUUCUACCAUCCAAACAACAAAUGAUAGAAGAAAUCGAGAACGAGAAAACAGUCAAAAACUGCCCCAAUCGUCAUAUUCACAACAAGGGAAUAGACGGAGAACUGGAAUACUGGAUUGACUUAGCAGAAUUCGCAAAGAUCAGAGGAAUUCCUGUUGUACUGAGUAAAAUACACGAGUUUGUUGUGAAAAACAAACGAGAUACUAAACAGGUAUUCAGAAUUUUGAGUGACGAUGAAUUUGAUGUAUAUAAGAUAUAAUAUUCUUUUUGAGACUAUAGAUAUACUCUCUAAGAAGAUGUGAUAUGUAAGUUGUUUCUAUAUAUUCAUUUUAAAAAUCAAAAGAUUGUUAUGUCCCUCAAUAUUUUAAUCUCUGUUAAGAUAUAUGAAAAAUGAAAAAACAGCUUAGAGUACUCAGGAUGAUUUGUAUUCUAUUAAUACGAUUGUGAGUAUUUUAUUUUAUCAAGUACGUAAAGCUUGGAGUUGUUGAAUAAAUAAUUUUGAAUUUCCAA